GUAUCAGACGGCGCCCGUACCCCCACAUUUCGAGUCUUUCUUCUUCCCUUCAUUUUCAGUUCUGCGUGUGGUGUGCAUCAACAGCUCUAUUAUAAGCACCUCUAGACCAUCACUCUUCUCUCCAGUUCCUUCCAUGAACUACACUCGCUGAUCACAAUUCACAAACUUUUAUGACGUCAAUUCAAUUCAAACCUUACAAUACAAAAACCACAAAAUAGAUUCUACAGUGCUCUUGUUGCUGUCAAAUCGAAUCGAACAUUCUUCUCUGGUUUAUUCAAUCAAACCCUUUCAAUGCUCGAAGCUCCAUCGCUGCAAUGCAUUCUAAGACAAGGUUUCUUCUGGCAUGUGGCCGGAAAAUUCACACUAUUUCGUCGAAUCAAGGAUUUACAACCGCAGAUAAUGAUUUGUCUAGGUUACGCCGGAGGAUUUUGAUAUCUAGCGGUGGGUUUUCAGGCCGAAUUUUGUCGAAUUUCGUACGAUUGGGACACCGGAGCUUUUGUGGAUAUGCUGUUGAGCAGUUCUCGGAUGACGAGUACGAAUGUGACUACGAUAACCACAAGGCGUCAUCCUCCAUUGCCAACAUUGAUGAGUGGAAAUGGAAACUCAGCAUGCUAUUGCGCAAUGAAAAUGACCAAGAAAUCGUGUCAAGAGAUAAAAGAGACAGGAGAGACUAUGAGCAAAUUUCUAACCUUGCCAAAAGGAUGGGGCUCUACUGUGAACUGUAUGGAAAAGUGGUAGUCGCGAGCAAGGUUCCUCUUCCCAACUACCGGCCAGAUCUUGAUGACAAGCGGCCUCAAAGGGAGGUGGUUAUUCCACUAAGCUUACAAAGGAGAGUAGAGGGUUUACUUCAGGAACACCUUGACAGAAUGCAGUUAAGUUCUGAAAAUGUUGGCAAGACUUCAGCUACUGAUCCUGUAGAAGAUGUAAAUCCGGAUGAAAAUCCAGAUUCUUUAUUAGAUAGGUCCGUUAUGGAAAAAGUUCUUCAGAGGCAGAGCUUGCGAAUGCGCAAUAUGCAGAGAUCAUGGCAGGAAUCACCUGAAGGCAAGAAGAUGCUAGAUUUCCGGAAAUCUCUCCCUGCAUUCAGUGAGAAGGAAAGGCUGCUUCAAUCAAUUGCACGGAAUCAGGUUGUAGUAAUUUCCGGGGAGACUGGUUGUGGUAAGACCACCCAACUUCCUCAAUAUAUAUUGGAGUCAGAAAUAGAAUCUGGUCGUGGAGCAUUCUGUAGCAUAAUUUGUACUCAGCCUCGAAGAAUAUCUGCCAUGGCUGUUGCAGAAAGAGUGUCUACAGAGAGGGGAGAGCCUCUUGGGGAAUCUGUUGGCUAUAAAGUUCGAUUGGAGGGUAUGAAAGGGAAAAAUACCCAUCUGCUUUUUUGUACUAGUGGUAUAUUGCUUCGACGACUCUUGAGUGACCGCAACCUGAAUGGUAUUACGCAUGUUUUUGUUGAUGAAAUUCAUGAGAGAGGCAUGAACGAAGACUUCUUAUUGAUUGUGUUGAAGGAUCUUCUUCCACGACGUCAAGAUUUGAGAUUGAUUUUAAUGAGUGCUACUCUGAAUGCUGAGCUAUUUUCAAAUUUUUUUGGAGGAGCACCAACAAUUCAUAUUCCGGGCUUUACUUACCCUGUGAGGGCACACUUUCUGGAAGAUGUAUUGGAAAUCACUGGAUAUAAGUUGACUUCAUUCAACCAAAUUGAUGAUUAUGGCCAAGAGAAGACAUGGAAAACACAAAGACAGCUAUUGCCACGGAAAAGGAAAAACCAGAUCACUGCUCUUGUUGAGGAUGCUCUUGAAAAAUCAAGUUUUGAGAAUUAUAGCUCAAGGGCACGUGAUUCACUGUCAUGUUGGACUCCUGACUGCAUCGGAUUUAAUCUAAUUGAGGCUGUUUUAUGCCACAUAUGUCGGAAGGAAAGGCCUGGUGCUGUUUUAGUAUUUAUGACUGGCUGGGAGGAUAUCAGUUGCUUGAGGGAUCAGCUUAAAGCUCAUCCUCUCUUGGGAGACCCUAACAGGGUUCUACUGCUUACAUGCCAUGGUUCAAUGGCAACAUCUGAACAGAAACUCAUAUUUGAGAAGCCACCUCCUAAUGUGCGUAAAAUUGUACUUGCCACAAAUAUGGCAGAAGCAAGUAUUACGAUCAAUGAUAUAGUUUAUGUGGUUGAUUGUGGAAAAGCAAAGGAGACUACUUAUGAUGCUCUAAAUAAUACUCCUUGUUUAUUGCCUUCUUGGAUAUCGCAAGCUUCAGCUCGGCAAAGAAGAGGUAGGGCCGGUCGUGUGCAGCCAGGCGAGUGCUACCACCUUUACCCCAGAUGUGUAUAUGAAUCUUUUGCCGAAUAUCAACUUCCUGAACUUCUAAGAACUCCUUUGAACUCUCUGUGCCUGCAAAUAAAAAGUUUGCAAGUUGGAAGUAUAGGAGAAUUCUUGUCAUCAGCUCUGCAGCCACCUAAACCAUUGGCUGUCCAAAAUGCUGUUGAUUUUUUGAAAUUGAUUGGAGCAUUGGAUGAGAACGAAAAUCUUACACAUCUUGGAAAGUUUUUGUCGAUGCUUCCAGUGGAUCCCAAGCUAGGGAAAAUGAUCAUAAUGGGUGCCAUCUUUCGUUGCUUUGAUCCUGUUCUGACAAUUGUUGCUGGCCUUAGUGUCAGGGAUCCUUUCCUUUUGCCUCAAGAUAAAAAGGAUUUGGCAGGGACGGCGAAGUCCAGAUUCUCUGCAAAGGACUACAGUGAUCAUAUGGCUCUUGUCCGUGCAUAUGAAGGAUGGAAAGAUGCGGAAAGAGAAGGUUCUGGAUAUGAGUAUUGCUGGAGGAAUUUUCUCUCUGCCCAAACUCUUCAAGCUAUCCAUUCUCUUCGGAAACAGUUUAGCUUCAUAUUGAGAGAUUCUGGAUUACUAGAUGCAGAUGCUGGCUCUAACAAUAGAUUAAGUCACAACCAGUCAUUGGUUCGUGCAACUAUAUGUUCUGGACUCUUUCCUGGCAUAGCAUCCGUAGUGCACAGAGAGACAUCCAUGUCUUUCAAAACGAUGGAUGAUGGCCAAGUCUUACUUUAUGCGAAUUCUGUUAAUGCACGUUACCAGACAAUUACCUAUCCAUGGUUGGUGUUUGGUGAAAAAGUAAAGGUCAAUACUGUUUUCAUACGUGAUUCCACUGGUGUAUCUGAUUCAAUUUUGAUCCUUUUUGGUGGUUCUCUCAGCCAUGGGAUCAUGGCUGGGCAUUUGAAAAUGCUGGGAGGAUAUAUUGAUUUUUUCAUGGAUCCUAGCUUGACAGAAUGCUACACAAAGCUCAAGGAGGAACUUAAUACGCUUAUCCAAAGGAAGCUUCAGGAUCCUAGUAUCGAUAUCCACAAGGAAGGUAAGUACCUCAUGCUUGCCGUUCAGGAGCUUGUAUCUGGAGAUCAAUGUGAAGGGAGAUUUGUAUUUGGUCGUGAAAGUAAAAAACCUAAAGAGUCUAGCAACAAUGAUAGAUUUACAAAAGAUGGAACAAACCCUAAGAGCUUGCUGCAAACUCUGUUGAUGAGGGCAGGACAUUCCCCUCCGAAAUACAAAACAAAGCAUCUCAAGACAAACGAAUUCAGAGCACUGGCAGAGUUCAAGGGAAUGCAAUUUGUGGGGAAGCCCAAGAAAAAUAAACAGCUUGCAGAGAGGGAUGCUGCUAUAGAGGCACUGGCCUGGCUGACCCACACUUCUGACAACAGCCGGGAUGAAGAUGAUAAUUCCACACCUGAUGUCACUGACAACAUGCUAAAACUUCUUGGUAAACGCAGAAGAUCAAAGCGCCGCUGAUGACUCAUGGUUCCAAAGCUCUUUGAACAGAAGCAAUGCCAAUGCAUUAUUGAAGUUAGAAUGAGCAAAAGCUGAUAAUUCUUGGAUAUAGUUACACACCUGACAUCGCUGAUGACAUGCCAAAAAUUGCAGGGAAGCAUGGAAGAUAGUAGAUCACUAUGGUCACUGAUGUUAUCCAUGGAUGUCUUUUUCUUUUAGCCAAAGAAUGGACUGACUGCUGUUAUCCAUGGAUAUCUUUUUCUUUUGGCCCAUUCAGGUAACUUGCAGCAUUCACUGCUUUUGGCCGUUGAUAUUGAAUUCUAUGAGUGUUGACGGAGCUCGGAUGAUUGUGAUUCUUUAUCAAUUCGAUUUUCUCCUAAUUUUUGGGCGAAGGGAAAAUCAAGAACAUUGAAAGACAUUACUUGUCCUCAGCUGGUGUAUGGUCAUUAUGCAUUAUAAUGGGAGAUGUAUACAAGUUUUGUAAAUUAUACAUAGUUCCAGAAUUAGAAACUUGACUUUACAGAUAACAAAAUGGCAUCUUUGUUAGGUGUUUAUUUUUGCAGAAUGCGGGAGGAGAGUAGCAAGCUCUUUGAGUGCACUAACAUUACUUAGCUGGCAUUGUAGUUAUUGUAACUUUAUUAUAUUGUUUUAGUUUCUUAAAAACUACUAGUAUUUAAUGUUCCUAAAGUUUGAUUAUUUGUACAUGUAAAUAGUGAGAUUGGUUUUUUCAGGCAAUUUUUCUAUAUAAAAUGAUAUCCUAUUUAUUA